UUUAUACCGUGUGUGCAGAAUGUGGUUUUGUGUAUAAAAAUACUUAACGCAAUAACCAUAGCGAUAUAUUUUGUCAACUUUAAAGGAAGUCUCUGUGUUUCCGGGCAAGUACAAUGUUUGGAGUGCAUGAGAAUGGGUGCGUACAUCAGAAGAGCUCACCGCCGGGGUGUUGGCAGGACAGCCCAGAUCGAAUAGGCAAAGCUGUGCCAUAAAUUUGAAUAAUGAACGAGAACAGGCAAAAUCUUGACGUGCGAGAAAUUCGCAUGGCACUACCCGACAGAGUAUGCUCCGGCUGCCAAAACGCAAGCGGACUAACCGCAUUUCAGCUACGUCCGCCUGAUCCCAAUUCGACGUUCUUCAGCACCCCGUUCGUGCACGAAAGAGCUGCGAACGGUAGCGGGCCGAUCAAUCUAAGAAUGUUAUUGGAUUUGAACGACUCACUCAGCGAACUGUACGACUUCGAGAGAACUGCAAAUGGAACGUUCCCAAACUGUACGUUCGAAAAUGGAACUUGUGUUAGUGAUGUGGAAAGUUAUAACUUUUGGGCGCUGUCGUUGUUGGUGUUCCCACUGUUAACUUUGUUCGGUAACGUGCUAGUAAUAAUUAGUGUCGCUAAGGAGCGCAGCUUACAAACUGCUACGAAUUAUUUCAUAGUGAGCCUCGCUGUCGCUGACCUUUUGGUGGCGGUGGUGGUCAUGCCAUUUGGAGUCUACUAUUUGUUCAAUGGAGUCUGGGGUCUACCGGCAGUGGUGUGUGACUGCUACAUCGCGAUGGAUGUCACCUGUUCUACAUCCAGCAUAUUCAAUCUAGUCGCCAUAUCAGUGGACAGGUACAUAGCAGUCACGCAGCCAAUAAAGUACGCGAAGCACAAGAGCAACGGCCGCGUCUGGCUCAUGAUCGGAGUGGCGUGGCUGGUCUCCAUGGCCAUCGGCUCCCCGAUAGUUCUCGGGCUAAACAACACGCCCGACAGGAGCGAAAACCAGUGCCUCUUCAAUAACACCAACUACGUAAUCUACUCGUCGCUCGGGUCUUUUUAUAUACCAUGUAUCAUCAUGAUGUUCCUGUAUUAUAAUAUAUUUAAGGCGAUACGACAAAGGGCGAAAAAGCAGAGGAUAGCCAAAAAAUCAUCAUCGGCCUUAAGUUCUGCUGUAUCUAGCGGCACGGCUGCUGUUGUCAUAGAAAAUAUCGCACAAACACAGAGAUUUGGCGACGGAUCCUUCCGUGCGGAGGAAGAUAAGCCAACUAACACCGCAUCUGGCAGCAACGAAGAAAAUGAUGAUGACGACGAGAAGACUGAGAUGGGUGCGUACGCGGAGGAACUAGUCAAUACGAGAUCCGCACGCUUUAUGCUGGCUGCUGUGGUUGAAGAGACUGGUCUAAUAAUGGCUAAUCUGGCAUCGCCGAUACCAAUGAUGGAUCCCAACACGAACAAUGAUUCUGGGUACGCGCCAUCUCAUGUUGACGGUGACAUGAAGGAGCACACUCCACCUGGAUCGCCAACGCAGAAAGACCAGAACAAGAGCGAAGAUAAAACUGCGUCGAAGAAACCAGAACUGAAAAAGAAACUAAGCCGGUUGGGCAGCAGCACGAUCAUAUCCACUCCACGGCGGAGGUUCAGGAGUGCCGCAUCAGCAGCUAGAUUCACGAUCUUCAGAGCGAAUCGUGCUGGGAAGCUACGAGCGAAAUCCUUCGCCAAAAAGGAGAAGAAGGCCACACAAACUUUGGCCAUAGUUCUAGGCAAGCAUUUUUACUGUGAAUUUAAUGACCAGCAGUGCAAGGACCCCUAAUUUGUUGUUCGGUGUGUUUUUAUUCUGUUGGGCGCCGUUCUUCACUUGUUCGGUCCUCGACGCUCUCUGCUCCAAGUUCGAUCUGUCAUAUUCCCCUGGUGUCACGGCGUUCAUCCUCACCACGUGGCUGGGUUACAUCAACUCCUUCCUCAACCCAGUCAUCUACACCAUCUUCAAUCCCGAGUUCAGGAAGGCCUUCCGCAAAAUACUCCAUUGCGGCACCUAGCCCUUGGACUUUUACUUCGUGUACAGCUAAGCUUAGUGCCCCGAUGACUCCAAAUUGUAUAUAUGAUUGUUCCUUAGCGGUAGUUUUGUAAAUAUUAAUGUUAAGUUAUUUAUGUAUCUAAGUAGAAUGAAUUUCAUGUGUACGUAACAAUGAUAAGUAAGUGAAGUAUUGGUUUGUAAGAGAAAUAAUGUAUGAAGGAUGACUCACGCUACACCGUUCUGGCUCAGAGGCCCCAGUACGAACUUUGACCAUAGAGUAUAAGAAUAGAGUAGGGGCGAUAUAGACUCUACUACAAGUGGAAGUGUCCCUCUAAUAGAAAGAGAAGGAAGAUGAGAGACCGCUAGCUUUCUCUCUCUAAUCGCGCAUGCGCAUUGGCAACCGUAAGCAUCUUACUAUUUCGAUGUGAUGCCAUUGGAUGUCAUGCGUCACAAGAGAGAGGUCUCUCAUCUUCUUUCUCUUUCUACUAGACGGAUACUUUUAGAGCCGCCUUCCCCACCACUCUAUUCUUAUACCUCUAUGACUUGGCAGCUCUGUAAUCGUAUCGUCGCUGUCAAAUUUUGUAUGGAAAGAGCCAGUUUGUUCUUAUGUCCGAAAGGGGGGGCGAAACUUACUUUUCACAGAGACUUUGAAGAUGCGAUACGAUACCUCUGGGCUGGGCGUCGUUCGUGCCGGGUCCGGGCGUCGGCCGUUACACUUUCUACUAAUAUUACAUACAUUUUAUAUGGACAUACUCACGCUAUACAGAACGGUAACCGAGUGAAUUGUUUAAGGCCGAUGCUCGUGAGUGCUCGGAACUGUAAAAAAAACAUUAUUUCACUGUAACUGAGUGGAACCCCAAAAUGCGUGGUUUUAUACUGCAUUAUCCGUUUUUUCAAACAUUCUACAUUUCUAAACAAAAAUGUUCAAGGUUUAUAAAAGUUAAUAUUAAAAAUGAAAAAAAAAAUGGAUUUUCAUAGAUUUUUUUUGUACACUUUUAUAUCGGAAAUUGUUACAACUCUUGAGUUAUUUGUUUUUUUUUAUUCUAAUUAAACAUUGAUUAUGUCAUUUUCGGUGGAUUACUGUAUUGUUUUAUACAGUAUUAAAUAUUUCCUCCUCCUUCAGUCGUAGCUCACUGCUGAGCGUCGUGAUGUUCCCAACUCAUAUUUCCUUCACAGAGUUGCUUCCAAUUUUCUCUAUCUUUAGCGCGGUCAAGAGCCUCAGUGGUGGUGGUGCUGGGACACUUUAAUAAAAUUAGAAGGAUGUCUCAGAGAUCAACUGGGACCCUAUGUUUCAAGCUUCGGCUGUCAACGAAAAGCUAAAAAUAUUUAACAAUACCCUGUUGAACAUUUAUGAUGUCCACGCGUCCAUCAUAAAAGUGAAGCUAAAGCGUGAACCAGCUCCUUGGAUGACAGCAGGUGUUCAGAUGGCGAUGAGACGUAGAAAUCGUACUUAUCGCAGUUAUAGAAAGGAUCGUUCUGACGAAAAGUGGAAACUCUUCAAGGCUGCUAGAAAUCGGUGUAAUCAGAUGAUACGUAACGCCAAACGCCGAUAUAUUCUCAACAAUCUUUCUUCCUCAUCUUCUGCAGAUAUCUGGAAGUUCCUUGGAACACUAGGUAUCGGCAAAUCGCGACAUUAAGACCUAUCUAAUUCAAUAAACUUAAACGAUCUCAAUUCUCAUUUUACCACAACCUUUAAGUUGGAUCGUGAUCCUACAGCAAGCACUGUUGCUUCCAUAAAUGGUUUAACGCGUCCUAACGUCGACAAACAAAAUGUCCAUAAUUGGGCGCCGUAAACGAACGUACAUUUUAGGCCUCUUUAGUACAUUUCGAUCUCUUCACACUUCUCCAGUUCUGUCAUUGCUGAUUUCACCAUUCCAAUGCGUCGUCGGAUCUCACUUUCUAUUCCACCUUUGUUCACCUUUCGAUCCCAAAUACACAAAAUCUUGAACUAUGUUAUACUGGCCGAAUGUGUAGAUAUUGUGCAGUUGACUGGAUCGAUCGAUAAUCAUUAUUUUGGUUUUGGACUGGUUGAUUCUCAAGCCCAUCUCUUGAAUGACAGAGUUAAGACGGUUUAGUAAGCCAACUAUUCCAGCUUCGGUCUUAGCCAACAGGGUAGUGUUAUCGGCAUACCUUAGGUAUUUGAGAGUCAGAUGCCUCCUAUCGUCACACCACUACUCCAGUUCUCCAGGGUUUUGCACAUGAUGUAUUCUCCGUAUAUAUGGAACAGUAUGGGAGAUAUUAUGUAACCUUGUCUAACACCUUUUUCGAAUCUUAAUGCGUCGGACCUUCUUGUGUUGAUUUUGACCGUGCCAUGUCUGGUAUCGUAAAGAUUCUUGAUCAGCACAAUUAAAUGCAAUGGAACUCCCAUUUCUGCCAGUACACACCACUGAUUAAAUCUUUGCUAUAAUAAAUGAGGUAUUUUUAGAAGUUCUGGGAAAAUUAGAGUUGGUGAUUAAUGUAAUAAUUUAACCAUUUUUUUUUAUACAGGAGUUUACUAACACCACUACACAUAUACCAAGUAAAUACUUACCCCACACAGUUCUGGUUCGAAAUAUUUUUUAUCAUUCUGUGUAAUAAAUCAGUUUUGACUUGAAUAGAUAUAGCGGAUGAAAAAAAUAUUAAUAUUUAUGUGAAUAUAGCGAAUUUAGAACAAUUAAUGUAAAUAUCGAUAGUCAAACGAUAAAAUGUAAAUCUGUAAUAUAUUAUUUAAGUAGGUACCUAUUAUAUAAAAUAAUCACCUAAUAGUAUUGAGGCCGUAACGAGAAGCAAAAACACCUGAGGCUCAAACACGAAUUUUGACAGCUCUGUAAACGUAUGGUCAUUGUAAAUUUUUGUAUGGAAAUAGCCAGUUUGUUUUAACUUCCGGAAAGGGCACUACUUAGUUUUCAUAGAUAACAGAGGUCCACGCACGAAUUUUGACAAAAAUCAUAAUAUGAUUAUGGAACUGUGCGUGGGCCUCUGUUAUAAAGGAAAGGUGCUCUUGUGAGAGCUGCUUCUGUUAAAAAAAACUUGCUUCCCGUUGGAUGUUCCUAAUAUUGAACUAUUUAGAUGUUGAAUUAAUAUUCCUGUACCUAAUUGCGAGUAAUUUAAUAGAAAAAAUAAAAUAAUGACCCAUCCUCACUAACCGAAAAAAAAAAUUUACAACUUUAUGUACCUAGACUCAGUGUUGUUAGUUGAAGGCCCAACAGUUAUCCAUAAAAACAAAUAAGUGCCAUAAAUAACAAGAAUAAAAAUAACUCAACUUGUUUAAAAAAAAUUUUAAAGAGCUUAACAUAAUUUACUCUCGAUUAGAAUGUGCUAUUUAAAAGUUUUUAUCAAUUUCAACUUUCAAUUCAAAGUGUGUUAUAAUUAUCAAAGUAAAUGUUUUUUUUUAAUUGAUUUUUAAUAUUUUUUAAAACCACAGAUGGAUUUUUAUCAAAAAAGCCUCUUGUCUUAGUUUAUUGUAACGUAUGUCAAUGUUACAUAAAAUUCGUAUAUAUUUUAGUCAUUUUUUAAUUCUGAAAUACAAUCAUGCGUGAAAGUUCAUCCUUUUAAAAAUACAUAUUAUUUUUACAGGUGACUGUACCUAUCGACAUAAUUAUAUUAGAUAUUAUUUUAUCAAUUAAGUAUCUUGUCAUAUAAAUAUUGACCUAAGUACGUUUGUGGCCAAAGAUUAUGAGAUUUUGUAAAUUUUUAUUUUAGAAACUAUGUACUUAAUACUGUUAACGUCACAAAGUGGAAAAACUGAACAAUAUUAGUAAACAGUUGUAUAAAUUUUGAUGUUGGAAUAAAUUAUAAGUAUAACUAUGAAAAUUAACUUUAAUUUACCACUCUCCCUUCCUUGCCUUAACUGAUUUUAAAAACUAGCUUUUAUCGUGGAGAAGAAGCGCUUGUUUUUUGCUCUAUAUACCUAUCGAUAAUUUUAGCCAAUAUAUUUUGAUCCGAUUCGAUACAGAAUAACCAAUAUUGGAAUAACAAAAAACGAUACUUGUUUAUUUAUUAUCAUCACAUCAUGAUCCAACCAAAUUCGCUAA